CGCUCCUCCUCCAGUUCCAGCUGCCGCCGCCGCCGCCGCUUCCUGGGCUGAGUCCGCCCGCGGUCCCGGCGGCUCCAGGUGUGUUCACGCUGUCCAGCUCCUGCCGGAGUCCGCCGCCGCCGUAGCUGCCCCGGGCUCUUUCACGCCCCGCUGCCGAGAUGGCGACGCGCUCCUGCCGGGAGAAGGCUCAGAAGCUGAACGAGCAGCACCAGCUCAUCCUAUCCAAGCUGCUGAGGGAGGAGGACAACAAGUACUGCGCCGACUGCGAGGCCAAAGGUCCUCGAUGGGCUUCCUGGAAUAUUGGUGUAUUUAUUUGCAUCAGAUGUGCUGGAAUCCAUAGAAAUCUUGGGGUUCAUAUAUCCAGGGUCAAGUCAGUCAACCUAGACCAAUGGACACCAGAACAGAUACAGUGCAUGCAAGAUAUGGGAAAUACUAAAGCAAGACUACUCUAUGAAGCCAAUCUUCCAGAGAACUUUCGAAGACCACAGACAGAUCAAGCAGUGGAGUUUUUCAUCAGAGAUAAAUAUGAAAAGAAGAAAUACUACGAUAAAAAUGCAAUAGCUAUUACAAAUAUUUCUUCCUCUGAUGCUCCUCUUCAGCCUUUGGUAUCCUCUCCUUCUCUACAAGCUGCUGUUGAGAAAAACAAAUUGGAGGAAACUAAGAAAGAAAAGGAAAAAAAAAAGGAAGAGAAAAAGAAAGAAAAGGAGCCAGAAAAGCCCACAAAACCUCUUACAACUGAAAAGCUGCAGAAGAAAGAAGAUCAGCAAUUGGAGCCCAAAAAAAGUACCAGCCCUAAAAAAGCUGCAGAACCCACUGUUGAUCUUUUAGGACUAGAUGGCCCUGCUGAGGCACCAGUGACCAAUGGGAAUGCAACCACAGUGCCAUCCCUGAAUGAUGAUCUAGACAUCUUUGGACCAAUGAUUUCUAAUCCCUUACCUGCAACUGUCGUACCCCCAGCUCAGGGGACGCCCUCUAUACCUGCAGCUGCCACUCUGUCUACAGUAAUAUCUGGGGAUCUGGAUCUGUUCACUGAGCAAGCUACAAAGUCAGAAGAGGUGGCAAAGAAACAACUCUCCAAAGACUCCAUCUUAUCUUUGUAUGGUACAGGAACCAUUCAGCAACAGAGUACUCCUGGUGUGUUUAUGGGACCCACAAAUAUACCAUUUACCUCACAAGCACCGACUGCAUUUCAAGGUUUUCCAUCAAUGGGCGUGCCUGUGCCUACACCUGCAGCUCCUGGCCUUCUUGGAAAUGUGAUGGGACAGAGCGCGAGCAUGAUGGUGGGCAUGCCCAUGCCCAAUGGGUUUAUGGGAAACGCACAAACCAGUGUGAUGCCACUUCCUCCAAAUGUGGUUGGCCCGCAAGGAGGAAUGGUGGGACAGAUGGGUACACCCCAGAGUAAGUUUGGCCUGCCACAAGCUCAACAGCCCCAAUGGAACCUCUCACAGAUGAAUCAGCAAAUGGCUGGCAUGAGUAUCAGUAGUGCGACCCCAACAGUGGGUUUCGGCCAGCCCCCCAACACAACAGCAGGAUGGUCUGGAAGCUCAUCGGGUCAGACUCUCAGCACACAGCUGUGGAAAUGAAAACUGCAAUGCAAGUUUCAUCCAGAACUACCACCUGACAUUCCUUGCUAAAACGCAUCUAGUUCCCCUGUUUAUUCAUGUACAUAUAUUUUUUUUCUUUUUCCCCAUUUGUUCAUAUUAAGAAUUAUCUGACUGACCGUGUUGGUCUGUACUGAUUAAAUUUGAUGUGAAAGCAGGUUGAGAAACCAUUUUAUGUCAAGGGCAGCUUAGCUCCUUUCCCAUGAUUUCAUAGACCACAUUAUUUGAGAGCUGCUCAGUCAACUUGCAUAAUCAGUUUUACUCUCAAUAAAAUUAUAGCUCUAAUGUCUGCAUAUAAGGGAAGUAGUUAUCAUGUUAGUAAUACCUCUAACAGUAUAAACCCCACCCCCAAAUUAGCCAGUAAUCCUGUAGGAAGGUACUGUAUGAUCAAACAUUUAAUCAUAUAAAUAGAAUGUAAAUGUAUCACUGAACACUGUUUUCUAGUGUAUCAAAAUUCUUUUAUUUCAUCAUUCACUUCACUGUGCUGUUGUUAUGAUGUGCUUAACAGGGAACGUGGUUAGUGAAAGGAAGAUAAACCUGGAUGUUACUACAAAACUUAGUUUAACAAAUGUUUAAAGAACUCAAAUUUUAUCUGCCUCUCUUGUAAUUUGGAGCUCUUCUUAUGUACAUAGUGCUAAUAACAUGAAGACCUUUCUCUGCACUAUAUGCAAACAGGGUAACUAAACAAAGCCACUUUCAAUCCUUGAAGGUAGAUCCAGGUUUAUGACAGUAAUUGUGUUUACAUCUUAUGGUGCCUAGUAUUGACAAAAUGUUAUAUCCCUAUAUUAAACAGAUGAAUCCAUA